AUGGCCAUGCACGAGGAGACGGUGGUGAUUCGCGAGCAGGUGGGCAGCGGCGGUAGCGCGACGGUCUACAGGGGCAGCCUGUCGCCCUCGAACGCCGACGUAGCGGUGAAGAUCGUCAAGAAGGACCUGCAGUCAGAGAAGGGCCGAAAGAUUUACAACCGCACCAAGAGCGAGAGCCGCAUCAUGAGCGAGAUCAACCACAAGCACGUCUGCAAGAUUAUGGGCGAGGUGGAGACCGACGCCAACAUCUUCCUCGUCCUCCAGUACGCCGCCAACGGCGACCUGCUCGACCGACUCAACGCCCAGGGACCCCUCAGCGAGAAGCAGACCCGCAAGAUUUUCAAGCAGCUCGUCCUCGCCAUCAACUACCUCCAUGGCAGGGGCGUCGUGCACCGUGACCUCAAGCCUGAGAAUGUCUUCUUCGACGAAAACGACAACGUGCUGCUGGGCGACUUCGGCUUCGCCAUGACCUGGUCGCCGGUGCAGACCGUCGAGGAGUACGUGGGUACGCUCAACUACGCCGCGCCCGAGAUCGUCACCCACACGCCCUACACCGGCCCCGAGCUCGACAUGUGGAGCCUCGGCGCGCUGCUGCUGGCCAUGCUCACCGCGCGCAUCCCCUUCGACGCCCCGACCGAAGAGUCCACCGCGCUCAAGAUCACCGAGGCCAAGUUCAAGAUGCCCGUCGGCGCCUCGUCGGCGGCCAAGGACCUGCUGACCAAGCUGCUCCAGCCCAACCCGCUCAAGCGCGCCACGAUGAUGGACGUGCUGGCCCACCCGUGGAUGAAGACCCGCUUCCAGCAGCGAACGAUCCCGACCCACCUCGGCCUGGCCAAGAAGCUGCGCCAGGAGGCCGCCUGCUGCCACAGCUCCGAGGCCAUGUAA